GAGAAUAUUAGUAUAUUGGAGGAGUAAGCACACUGCAAGAUUGGAGUUGCAAGAAAAGACAUCUCCAAAAAGUAACAACUAAAGAUGUCCGGACGGUCAGGUCGCGCGGAGACACGAAGUCGUGCUAAAGAUGACAUUAAAAAGGUGCUGGCAGCAAUUGAAAAAGUGCGUAAAUGGGAGAAGAAGUGGGUAACUGUGGGAGACACAUCCCUACGCAUAUUCAAGUGGGUGCCUGUGACAGACACUAAACAGAUAUACCGGAGCAAAUCCAUAACUGGAGAGGUUCGAGGUCUAAAAGAUGUGGUGUUGGAAAACACCAGCUCUACCAUGGAUUUCCUAGAUGAAUGCAGCAACCAGAGUUUCCUGUCUGAUGUCUACCAGCCCAAAAUGGACAGCAGCAGCUCAAGCUCCCAGCACCCCAGCGAGGCAGUCAGUCCUCUUCCUCACACCACAACACUCCGCACGGCCGAAGAUGCUCAACCACCCAUGCUGGGCCAGGAGAGUGUGGACGAGCCAUCCCAGCCAGCACAUGAAGUUGCUGAUGAGCCUCCCACAUUGAUCAAGGAAGACCUGGUUUUGCCCCUUGGUGUCCAAGUAAAAGCUCCAUGCACAGAGGAAGAAGAGGGAUCAGGAGCCCCUCCACUGAAGAAAAUUUGCACUGAAAAAAAAUCUGUACUGAGAUAACUAGUUGAUUGGACGGAACAUGCAUGCAACCCAUGCACUCUAUUGAAGGCUUCAAAUGGGACAUACGAGUAACUGCCAAAAUAAUGAAAACACUUGACGAGUAACUGCCAAAAUAAUGAAAACACUUGAGUAAAUGAGGGAUA